AUGUCUGAUCGUGAAAUUUUAUUUCAUGAAAAUUUAAUGAAAUGCCGUUCUUCAACAGUUAAUACUCGUCAUGCCCAUUUAAAAAAGUUGCAAAGUAUGAAUAUUGAUAUUAAUAAUUUAAAUAAUGACAAUAUUGUCGACAUUUUAAGGCAAUUACAAACAACUUCGAAUAAAAAUGGCCGAAAAUUAACUCCUAGUUAUAUGAAUAUCAUAUAUUCCACAUUACGUAGAUGGAAUCCUUCAUUAACUGUUAAAAUUAGUAAGCUUGGUUUCUCACGACGGGGUCGUUUGGUUAUAGAUAAUCCAAUGAACAAUAUUGAAAUAAUUGGUUUAAAAGAGUUGAUAAUCACUAUCUUUAGAUAUGCAGUGACAUUUAAAGCGGUUAAUUACCUUAGAGUACCAUCUCGAGCUACUAUUGAUACUGCUAUAGCUAUGAUAUUGAUCCUCAUAACAAAUUUGAGUUUUAAUCAACUGGUUAAACUACGUGUUCGUGACUUGAAAACAAUUGCACAUGACAAUUCUAUUUCUAUAACUAUAAAAUCAGGAAAUUCUGCAGUUAAAGUAAAAAAAAUGGCAAACUUAUACAACCCACUGUUCAUUUGUGUCGUUAACAUGGUAUUAAGCCGCGAAGAGUUCAUGAAACGAAAUUUUAUUAAUAAUGUUGAUGUUAAAUAUAAUCGUGUCAAUAUUUAUGAUUACAAUGAUGAAGAUGAAGAUUAUUGCGAUCGGAUUAACGUUAAUAAGAUCGAUGAUGACGAUGUACGAGUGAUUUCUUGUAAAAAAGAUUCCAUUAAUAAAACAAUUCACGAGCUGUAUAUGCGAUUUCAUAAAAAGAAAUCUACGAUUUCAUUAGGAAUAACACUCAUAGAAAAAAUGAAAAAAAUUAAGAAGAUUAAAGAUGAUCUGAUUGAUACGGAAAAGAUUUUGAGUCUAUUAUCUGAGACUAAUGAUGAUAAAGAAGAGAGUGAAUCAUCAAAUGCAAUGGAUAUAUAG